AAGUAUCGAUCCAGCAAGACAUAACUCCCAAAAAUCGACAAAAUAAACUCAAAGUUCUUCGCUGAUUAACGAAAAUUAACACAGAUAACUACUGCGACAGCAAGAGGACGAUAAGCUAUCUCUGAAAUGUUGCCCACCACAUUUCUGCGUCGCUUAGUGCAAGCGCAAAUUCCACGUUUAUCGCAACUCCGGUGUCAAUCCAACGCACAAAAGUUAAACAUUGAAAAACUCGAACAGGAAUCAGUAAAUGAUGACACACAAGCUCUUGAUGAAGAGGCAGAACUCAAAGAAGCUGCCAUUAAAAAGUCAGAAUAAAUCAGGUUUGCAGCCCCAGCAUCAAAAUAUAGUAAACAAUCGACAGCCGUUUGAGGAACCCAAACAUUGGUCGCACGCGACACUCAAAUACCAGCGCAAAAUCUACGGCAAAUAUGGCACUGAGAGCAAUUUUGAUCCAUCACUAUGCUGGAACAAGGAUGAAAUUGCUCAAAGGAAGGAAUAUGAGGCAAUUGCCUAUCCAAAAGAGGUUCUUGAACUCAUGGAGAUUGCCAAGACUAAGCGGAAGGCGCUAGAAGACCGAAUUGCCCAGAAACAGGCUGAUAUUGCACAGAAGAUGCAAAAGAAUGAAAUGUGGAAGGAAGAUUUGUUCAAAAAGUUUGCUAAGAAAGAAGCAGAAGCCAAAGAGGCCAAGGACCGUAAAGACAGACUGAUCGAAGAAGUCCGCCGCCAUUUCGGUUACACCGUCGAUCCACGCGAUGAUAAAUUCAAGGAAAUGUUAGAGAAGAAAGAAAAAGAGCAAAAGAAGGCGAUGAAAGAAGCGCGCAAGAAGGAAAAAGAACAAUUGAUGAUGGCUAAGCUUACCGUAAAGGGCAAAGAAGCCGAAAAGGCCAAAAAAUCCAAACAGGCCGACGCUAACGCUAACGAAACAGAAGAAGACGCCGUGAAAUAAUUUGUACCGUGUAUUACUUAUUACUUAGCGCAAUAUUUAAAUAUAGUCAGUUAACUAUA